AACCGUACUGUUUCCAACUGUCCGUACUCUACUGUUUAACUAAAUAACACAUCGUUUUCUUGCUUCAUCUACGAUCUUCUCUCCAAAGCCUAUACGGUUCAAAAUGAAUUCCAACAGAGAUCUCCGACACAUCGGCGAAUGGGCCAACGAGGAAACCAAGCGUGACUCCAAGCGCGACAUUUCAUCCCCCAUCAACCCCAGAGUCCCAGAAAUACCCCGGCAGCCGCCGUCGUCGAAAAACACGUCUCAUAUGCUGGAUGUCUUCAUAAAUGAGGACCGAAAAGACAUGCCAUGGUCGCCAGCUAUGAUGGACAAGAAGUGAUAUAUAUCUUGCGACGAUUGCUUCACCAAUCCUCAAUCCUCUCGCAUAUUUGACAACUGUCGUUGUUCGAUAUCUUCAGC